GUAACUAUACACCUCAAAAAGGACUUUGCUGUACUCUGGCCUCAUGUUCAGAGUUUUUGGAGCGGGAGGCAUGCGAGAGACACCAAAGAUGAAAUGGUGAAGGGAAAGCCAGGAGUUGAAAGUGGGGGUUGUCUUAAAUUCUUACAUCUGAUACAAAUAAAGAUUAAAUUAAUGCUAAGUAUUGUUUUUGUUGGAGGACAAGGGUGGGGGGGGGGGGCACACACGCGAGGACAGGUAUCCUAUACAGAUGUUCUUCCCGUCGGAGCGAUUGGAGGUUGAGCUUCCCGGAGGGGGGGUCAAGGGAGGUGCUGAUUACCAAGUUCACAGUGUCCUUUCCCUAAGCUCAGUGUUGCUGGUACGCUUGCAGAGGAGCUUACAGGGAUAGAGAAACAGCAGCGGACGUUUCUGAGGGACUCCCCGAGGCGGUGAACCAUCUUUUCACCCACAGCUUUGGUGAACUUUGAGCCCUUUGUUAUGAAAUGGAGUGGCGCUGCAUCCGGAGAUACUGCCAGUCUGUGGUCUCCCCUGACCCACCAGAGAAGAGCGGAAAAGAGGUGAUGUCCAAAGGCUCCUGUGGCAUGGAGGUCAUUCUGGCUUCACUGGAGAACACCAGAGAUGUUCAGACCACUCUGAAUAUUUUUUACAUUCUCAGUGAGUUGCUGACUGUGGGCAGAGGUCGCAGGGUCGGCGUAUUUGUAUCUAAAGGAGGAACAGGAAUAUUAUUCCAGAUUCUGAUAAGUGCAAGUAAAGAGUUGCCCCCAAGUGAAGAACUCAUGCUGCAGCUUCACUCACUGCUCGCAAAGGUUGGUCCAAAAGACAGGAAGUUCGGAGUGAAGGCGCGUCUGAGCGGAGCGCUAAACGCCACGGUCAACUUAACCAAACAGAACCUUCAGAAUACCAAACUGCUUCUACCCUGCCUGCAGGUCCUCAGGGUUUACUCCACCAACUCGGUGAAUGCUAUUUCUCUGGGCAAGAACGGAGUGGUUGAGCUCAUGUUCAAGAUUGUGGCGCCGUACAGCAAGAAGAACACCACGCUGCUGAAGGUAGCUCUGGACGCCCUGGGAGCGCUUCUCAAAUCCAAGACGAAUGCUCGCCGUGCAGUGGAUGGUGGACAUGUAAAUGUCUUGCUGGCUCUGUACCAGGACUGGCAUCACAAUGACUCGCGGCAUCGCCACAUGCUGAUUCGCAAAGGGCUGCUUGUCUGCCUCAGGAACAUCACCAACAUCAAGCUCGGCAGGAAAGCAUUCAUAGACACCGAUGGCAUGAGGAUCCUCUACAACUCGUCCACCGAGUGCCUCCCGGUGCGGACUCUGGAUCCACUUGUCAACACUUCGAGUCUCAUCAUGAGGAAGUGUUUUCCUAAGAACCGUCUGCCUCUGCCCACCAUCAAAUCAGCCUUUCAUUACCAGCUGCCACAUGUACCUGCUGCAGGGCCUGUGGCGCAGCUGUACAGCCAGCCACCUGGGGGAAGAAAAAAUCGUCAGCUCUGCAACAGGCCCUUAAAGAAGGUGGACGAUGUAGUGGAUGAAAGUGACGAUAACGAGGAGACCGAUGCAGACACAGAGAACGAUACUGAGAAUGAAGAGGACGACAAGGAUCAAGGCGCUGCGAAUGAUGACAUCGAGACAGACCUAAACAAGCUGCAUCCCAAAAACAACCCCGGACGUCCAUUCGAGGAGUUGAGGGUCUACGAGAGGUUCUUCUCAGAGCUUUCUGAAGACUUUCAGGGUUAUAACUUUGAGCCGUCAAAGAGUGCCUCGACCACGUCGUCAUCUUUCUCCUCAGCUCGAUCCACUCGGCCCAUCAUAGUGCCAACAGCACAAGCGCUUUCCCCGAAGCACGUCCCCAUAAUGAGCUGUCGGGAGGAUUGCAGCCUCACCAAAGGAGAACACACCAUGCAGUCUCCCUCUGUGCCCACUACUGCUCCUCCUGCUCCCCUACCACCUCUAGAGCUGGACACCAUCCUCCUCACCAAGGACCAAGACACAAAAGAGGAGGCCCACAUUCCUUGCACCGAGUCACACACGGCACUGUCCUCCGUCACCAGGCCUCCGUCUCAACCCCAGGUGAUGGAGCGGGAUCUGGCCCACCUGUUGGAGUGUGUCGCUCUAGAAGCAGAGGAUACUCUAAACAAAGGGGAAGAAGCGGGAAGGGGAGUCAAACAAGAAGGGUCCCCAGUCAAUGCCACGAGGCACAUACAGUCUCCACUGCUCCUCGGGGGCAUAGCUGCUCGGCGUGUGGGAGGCGGAGGAGGCGGAGGAGGCGGAGGCAGCAACUGGGGUUCGGACUGUGGCUCAGAGGGAGCCGAGGACGAGGGAGGGGAAGGAGCAGUUUUGGAGGUGCCGGACACGGCGCUGCUCCUCCCGCUUCACGACCCCGACCUUUAUGUGGAGAUGGUGAAGGGAACGCGCUCCGUACCGCAGUACGCCGAAGUAGCUUACCCCGACUACUUUGGCCACAUAGCCCCGACAUUUAGGGAACCCCUUCAGGAGAGAGUGUAUGGUGUACAGAGGUCCAAAAUAUUCCAGGACAUUGAGAGGUUAAUUCAUCCCAAUGAUAUCGUGGACAAAGUAGUCUACGACUUGGACAUUCCCAGUUGUCCUGUGAUUGAAGACGAUGGCGAGUCAUUGAAGUUCAACUCUCAGUUUGAGUCUGGCAACCUCAGAAAGGCAGUUCAAAUUAGGAAAUAUGAGUAUGACCUUGUGCUGAAUUCAGACAUCAACAGUAAUCACUACCACCAGUGGUUCUACUUUGAGGUCAGCGGCAUGCGUGUCGGAACCAACUACCGCUUCAACAUCAUCAACUCUGAGAAGUCCAACAGCCAGUUCAACUACGGCAUGCAGGUCUUAAUGUACUCUGUGCAGGAGGCGAUCAGUGGCAGGCCUCGCUGGGUCAGAACAGGAUCAGACAUCUGUUACUACAAGAAUCACUUUGCGAGGAGCUCCAUUGCAGCGGGUGGUCAGAAAGGAAAGUCCUAUUAUACACUGACCUUCAGCACAAGCUUCAGCCAUAAGGAUGAUGUCUGCUACUUUGCCUAUCAUUACCCAUAUACUUACUCCACUCUUAAGAUGCACCUGUCCAAACUUGAGGCUUUGAGGACCCCCCAGAUCUACCUGAGACAGGAUGUCCUCUGUCAAACUUUGGGGGGAAACAGCUGCCCCCUUCUCACAAUCACUGCCAUGCCAGAAUCCAAUUCUAAUGAUUACAUCUGUCAGUUCAGGAAUCGCCCAUUGAUCUUCCUGUCGGCCAGAGUGCACCCUGGAGAGACCAACGCUAGCUGGGUAAUGAAGGGCACGCUGGAGUUCCUGAUGGGCACCAGCCCACUGGCUGCCAGCCUGAGAGAGGCAUACAUCUUCAAAAUAGUCCCCAUGCUCAACCCAGAUGGAGUUGUAAAUGGAAAUCAUCGUUGUUCUCUGAGUGGAGAGGAUUUGAAUCGCCAGUGGCAGAACCCCAAUCCUGAGCUCCACCCCACCAUCUACCACACCAAGAGCCUGCUGCAGUACCUUGCACACAUACAAAGGGCGCCACUGGUAUUCUGCGACUACCACGGUCAUUCCAGGAAGAAGAAUGUGUUCAUGUACGGCUGCAGCGUGAAGGAGACCGUCUGGCAAUCCAAUAUCAGCGCUACGUCCAGUGACUUACAGGAGGACCUUGGAUACAGAGCGCUUCCUAAGAUCCUGUCCCAGAUCGCCCCGGCCUUCAGCAUGGCCAGCUGCAGUUUUGUUGUGGAGCGCUCCAAAGAGUCAACGGCCCGCGUUGUCGUAUGGAGAGAGAUUGGAGUGCAGCGCAGCUACACCAUGGAGAGCACGCUGUGUGGUUGCGACCAGGGAAAAUAUAAGGGUCUUCAGAUUGGCACCAGAGAGCUGGAGGAGAUGGGAGCUCAGUUCUGUGUGGCCCUGCUGAGGCUGAAAAGGCUGACGGGGAUCCGCAAUCACCAACACCUGCUGGAUUUAGAGAGCGACAUCAUUGGGACACAGUCUAAAGUGGUCAGCAGCAGCAGCACCACCACCUACGUGAUGGAGGAGGAUGAGCCGUCCUUUCUGGAGGCGAUAGACUACAGCGCAGAGAGCGAUGACGAGGACGCCGAGCCCCAAAACGAGCACGCCGGCCAAGUGCGAGAGAAUCCCAAUCACCUCGACCAACUGUCGGACCGCGAGGCGAAUCACCGGGACUAGCGCUGCGGGCUCAACGUCCCCGGUAACCCCGGCGCUUCGACUCCUUUCCCGGGGGCCACGGCUUGGUAGGUCCGCUAAGUCUCUUUGUGAAUAAAAAGCUUAGAUUUACACCUAUAGACGCGUUCCGAUGCUACUUAGGCUACGUUGAGGUGCUCCUUUCCCGGAUGGGUGGGUUUUGUUGGCCCACUGGAGCCAACUGUGUCGCUCAAUGAAUGUUCUCCGCCGUUCGCCGUCAUCCUAUAACCUUCACGGACCGUGACCCCUGACCUCAGACACCGUAUAGCCUCUGAGAUCCACGUAUAGCUAGCCACAGCUGCAAACAGCGGUCACCGCCGAUCCUUAACCGGAACCUUAGUCCACUUGCUCAUUUGUCACAGCCAGCCUGUCACGCCGAAGCCGUGGUAGUGUAGUAGAAACGACGGCUUCUCACAGCUACCGUGGUGGAAGCGUCUCUCACACCUCACUCUGCGUUUGGUGAAGGGAGGAAACCCCGCUUGCGCUCCUCCUUUCUGCCACUUCUUCUUUUUCUGUCAAAGUGUCUAAACGGGAUUAUUAUAGCUGCAGUUUAAAAUCCGUCUCGUGAAGAAAAACCUUCUCCGAUGCGGCGACACGUGGAGCUGUGACCUCCCGUCCUCCAUUGACCCCUCCCUCUUCAGCUGCAGUGCUAGCGGUCAGAAUAUCUAUAUGCGGUUUGCCUUGCUUUUAUCCAGAUCGGAAACUGUUUAUAUUACUCAAAUGUAGAAUGUUCACGUCUCUAUCAAGCUAAACCCUGUAGUAUUAAAGAAGUGCAGAUAUAAACACAGACUAACUCUACAGGGCCUGGAAUGAGUGUCAUGUACAGCAUUAGAACCUGAAGAUGGAAUGUAUGAUAUCCCCAUGCACUGUUGCACUGGUGUUUUUUAUUUCAUUUUAAACAUUCAACAGUAUUAAACUGAAGAAGAAAAAAGCAGCAGCGAACAAUACGCAUGAGCUUCAGAGAGCAGAAAACCCUUUUUGCACUUUGGACAAACGCGCAACACAAACAGAACCAAACGGAAAAACUUUACAACGCGUCACAGUUUGAAAGCCUCUGCUUCCGUAGCCCCGAGUCAAGUCCAAAGCUCGCUAUGGUUGCAUUGCAGUGAUUUUGGAUUUAAGUUUCCCUUUUAUCUGUCCCUGAGAUCUCUGUGUACAUUGUGUGGAUUUUCUGACCCGUGCAUUAACACAGCCGGUGCUUUGUAUUGAGAGUGUAACGUGGUUUCUUUGAUUAUUUCUUCAUUUGUUCAUGGAGACGAGGUACUCUUCUGUUUGUACAGCUAGUGCAUGGUUGUUUUCUGUAUUCUGUAAUUUAUUCAGUAUUUUUUUCCGGUGGAUGCUAACCUGUAUGUAAAUUAGGCUUUUUAAGUGUAUGAGUGCAAGUGUGUACGCAGGAUUUUUCAGCCGGGCCGAUGCUCGCACACUGUGUUUCUCCCCCUGUCCUCCUCCUUCACUCCUCCCCGGCAUAUUCUCUCUCCUCCCCUCGAAACGCCUUCAUUCCCUUGUUUUAUUGCCUUCUCUUGGCUUUUUACUUACUUUUAGAUUUCACUCAACAGCUCACACGCCUAGGGAGGCACCUGUUCUUGGCUGUCUAUGGGACAGAAAUAAUGUGAUAUUUAUGCGGUUAUAUUUAUGUUUGUCUCUUGCAGUUUGUCAGGCUUCUUCUGUUUUAUGUUUUGUUUUGAGGAAAUUCAUUUGAAGUUGGUCGUAACGCAGAAAGUGAAGAUAUGGGAAAUAAAAUUUGAAUGUCUCAA